GAAGGACGAAUUUGUUUUGUAGCAUUUAAAUCGACAAUGCAAGUCUCCAAUGAUGAAUGGUACAUCUAAACAUUGCAUGCUAGACUUCAGUAUGUAAAUAUCUAGAUUUUUAGGAUUCAAAUCUUAGCCCUCAUCCUUUUCCAAAUAAAAGGAAUCUUGAAUUCAUUUCAUUGGAGCCUUAAAAUAGCAUAAAAACGACGAAGUGUCACUACUAGAGCAACAAGCCAAACAAGCAGUGUCUCAAAUUUUCUAGGGCGAAAAUCCUUCCUCCCUCAUCAAACUAAUUACCAAUCAUCAAUGGCCAACGAAAUGCUCCACGACUUCUUCCCUUUCGUAAGAGUCUACACAAAUGGCCGAAUCGAAAGGCUAAUGGGCCAAGACACCGUUCCCCCGUCGUCUCUCGAUCCAGCCACGGGGGUUCAAUCCAAAGACGUCGACAUCGCGCCGGAGAUCAACCUCUCCGCCCGCAUUUACCUGCCGCCCAACGCCCACCGGAGCAAAAAGCUCCCGCUUCUCGUCUACUACCACGGCGGCGGCUUCGUCAUCGAAUCCGCCUUCUCCGCUCAGUAUCAAAAGCACCUCAACCACUUAGUCGCACAAGCCAACGUGGUCGCCGUGUCGGUGAAUUACCGAUUAGCACCGGAAUUUCCGCUCCCGAUCGCGUUCGAGGAUUCGUGGCGCGCUCUCAAAUGGAGCGCCGAGGGCAAGGAGGAGUGGAUUGAGGAAUUCGCGGACCUGAGCCGUGUGUAUUUAGGCGGGGACAGCGCCGGCGCCAACAUAGCGCACAACAUGGCGAUGCGGGUCGGGUCGGAGAACCCGGAGGGGUUCAAUCUGCGGGGGAUUUUUCUCAACUGCCCCUUCUUCGGGGGCGUGGAUCCGAUUGGGAGCGAAACGACGGAGCAGUCCAAGAGAGGGAGGGAAUUCAGUGAGAGACUGUUGCGAUUCGUUUGGCCGGGGUUGAGGGACUGCGACGAGGCGUGGGUGAAUCCGGGUAAGGAUCCGAAGAUAUCGGGUUUGGGUUGCGGAAAGGUGUUGGUUUAUGUAGCGGAGAAGGAUUUUCUGAAGGAGAGAGGGUGGUAUUACAAGGAGGUGGUGAGCAAUUGUGGGUGGAAGGGAGAAAUCCAGUGCUUCGAGGUUGCAGGUGAGGACCAUGUUUUCAGUGUGAUUGUUCCUGAUAAUGAGAUUGGCAUCGCCAUGCUCAGAAAAGUUGCUUCCUUUAUCAAUAAUUAAUACCGUGUUAUAAAUAUAAGUACUACAUAUAGCUAUGAUCAAACACUAAAUCCUAGUUUGCUACAUAUAUAUAUUGUUCUCUGCAAUAUUCUCUAUAGUUUAUACUCCAUAUUGUAUAAUUUUUUUUUUGAUAUUAAUUAGUAUUGUAUAA